AUGAAGCGAAUUUCGUUUGUUACGGACAUUGAAGGCGAUAUGAAAUACUUUCAGGAAUUUUUAUCAAUAUCGUCCUGUGUUCGUUGGGGCCUACAAAAGAAAUCGGCACAUACCAUGAGCUUUAGGAACCUUCAGUCUAACACAAGCCAGGCGAUAGAGUUUAUUAAAGACAAUAACCCCACUAUUCUUGCCGAAAUAUCUUCUGAAUCCUUGCACCAUGAUUUUCAUUAUUACAAACCUGAGGAAUGUGUUCAUGGUGAAAGAUAUUCACACUUAAACCACAAGGAUCACUUGCCGUUAGAUCUGAGACGUGUUGGGUUAGAGUUUACUGACGACAAAAGCCAUUUUGUAUAUGGUGGAGACGCGUUUGAUAACGGUUUAGACAUCGGAUUUGCUCAGGCUUGCAUCGACUUCAAGCGGCGUUACCCAGAUCGCGUGCAUUUGAUCCUCGGUAACCGAGAUCUGAACAAGAUUGCGAUGGUGCCGCUGAUUUACGACGUAGAGGGGAUGACGGCAGAGGAAGCCGAAAGGGUGGUGUUUCCACUUGAAUGGACUCCUGGAGAAAAUAUCUCAUCGAGAGUAUCCUACGCUCAAUUCCUUUGUGAUCUCAGACUUCAUUCCUCAGUGCCGAAAAAGCAGUUGCACGUAAUAAAGGAAAUCCAGAAUGCAAAGUCUACAGCUUUCACAAUGGCGAAUUCUACGACCUUCUUUCAGCCAAAUCAAAGUAAACCACAACGAAGAGGAGACAGAACCCAUCUCAGGGCCGACCGCAUAUCAUUUUUGAAGUGGGCCCUGAUUUAUAAGAUGGGAAGUCCAGAUAUUUUCGAACACCGCCGCCGGGAGUUGGCUUUCCUUAAAGAAUGUGAGACCAGAGAAAAAAACGAUGGCCAAGUAAGGGAAUCUUUUAAGCCUUCGCAAUCGAUGGAAGAUCGAAAUGGCACUGGCGUGGACUUUGGUAAGGUGAAAAUUACGAUAACGGAUGAUGAAGUUGCUGAAAGCUUUUUUAGGGCAGCGCGGCCUGGCGGUGUGUAUUAUGAGUACAUACGACUAGGUGUGUUGGCCACUGUUUUGUUCGACAGCAUCCUUUUUGUACAUGGCGGUGUAAAUGGUAAUAAUGUCGGCUUCGUUCCAAACAUUCGAGCUAUCACAACCGAAGCUCAACAAAGAGAGGGCUGUAAUUUUAUUGAUAAGGGUCACAAUGCUAUUGAGUGGAUUAGAGAACUUAACGCAUUUAAGGAUGCUAGCUUUAAUGAAUGGAGUAACAAUUGUGGUCUGAGAGGGGAGGCAGCUCGUCUGUACGUAUUCCCACGACAGUACAUUCCCUUUUCGGUAACUGUAGGCUCUAUUAUGCAGACUAAUGGGCCUCAGUACCUUGAUCUGAAUGCAGCUCAUUACCUUCUGUCAAGUGGUAUAGAAAUUAUUUGUACUGGCCAUCAGCCGACAGGCGAUACACCGGCAUUGGUUCGACAACCCGGCGGCCUUCUAGUUUUAAGUGCAGACAACUCUUAUUGUGGACGCGGUAACAAGUAUUGUACUCAAUACAAUCAGCGCGGUCGUGCGGUGAUGGAAGUUUUGAUCGAAUCAAAAGAGUAUAGGAAUGUAGAAAAUAGUCCCAAUGGAGAAAAGUCCUCUGAAAUGGUAACGGUACGGUUGCAUGGCAGACGCGCGGAUGGGACCCCGUUUGACUUCAUAGCUAACGACUCAGAAGAACUACUACUUGGGCGCAAACUGGAAAAUGACUGGUGGGUUAAGAUACCUCUGAAUGAACAAUGUGAACCGCGGCUGUGUGGGGGUACUAAUAAAGAUGGAAAAAUCAAUGCUAACAAUGACUUAGACGAGAACUCUGCCUCGCUUCAAGCAUCAUUCUACGAGUUGCAUCGAACUAAAGAUGGAUUCCAUUCGGAAGAAAUAUGCAUUGUAAGCCGAGAAAAAACUGAAAGAAUGCUAAAAAAGUACCACGCUAUGGAAUUUGUCCCACAGUCUGGUAACUUGAAAACUAGGUAUACAACUAAAGAUCUUGCGGAUACUUAUACAACUCGUAUGAAGACAAAAGUUAAACGAUCAAACAUAACCUCUAAUGAAUAG